AUGCCUUCCCAACCUGCUGACACUACCGUAACUCAUCGUACUCGUCCCUCCAAUGCGAUUGCACAUCCUGAAAAGGCAGAGCAGGCUGCAGCACAGGCCGCAGCUGUUGAAGCAGGAGCUAAGUGCAUUGCUGGUAUAGAGCUGGAGAUGGAAGCCAAACAGACGAGCACGCUGGCAAGGAAGGCUAAGGGAGUUCGGCCUCGUUCAAUUCCCGCCAAAGGCAAGAAGGCGGUGUAG